GGCCCGAUGUUAAGUCUUACCUCAUAAAUUGACAAAGUUUCGUCUUGUACAUAAUUAAAUUUUGGAAAAUUUGAGACAUCGAACUAUACAAAAUGGCAUCUUACUUGACCGCUGCUCUAUUGAUUUUGGCCAGUAUUGCGUUUGUUUCUGGACGACCAUCCAUAAGAGAGGAGCUCGUUACAGGGACCCCGUUCAUCAUUCGAUCCGUACAGGGUGGAUUGCUCCUCAAGUCCCUUGGUGGCGGUCAGCAUUGUAAGGGGGCAGGCCACGUGGUAACAUCGAAUUAUGUGGAGAAUGCCGUUUCGGCCACGUGGAUCUACCAAAGUCUGGGUCCAUGGGCAACAUUUUCCACAAGUGGGGGUGAUUUUUACCUCAACGAGUUCACUUUCCAUCCAGAAGGCCCCUUUUGCUACCCGGGAGGGCGAUCGGUCACUUUGGUGUGGCACGAGGAGGGCACCGUUUCUUUCGAAAACCAUGACGGAACUUGUUUAAACAAUAAUGGAAAUGGUGAACGGAUCAGUUGGACCUCGUGUGAUGGCUACUCUCCCAGUCAACGGUGGAACCUGGAGAAGACUUUGCAAUAAUAUAGGGGAUACAUCAAAAUUAUAAAUAAUUUGUAUUAGCUUUUUCGUUUAUGAUUUAUUUCUGAUCUUAUCCAAUUAUCCUCCUUUAUGUAGUAGCUCUCUCCAUCCUUUUAAUUUGUAAAUUAAUAAGCAAAUAAACAAAUGUAUAAGCCAUGAAUAAUAAAGAUGCACGACCAAAUGAA